AUGAGGAGACGGUCAUCUGGCUCCGCGACCGACGAGGACGACGACAGCAGCGCCAUCCCGGACGCCCCAGCUCCGCCAGCUCCUGCGUCGCGCUCGCCGCCCGAGCAUGACGAUAAGCGCCUCGACGACCUGACCACCUACACGCCUCGCACCUCCACCGACGGCGUUGCCAAGGAGCGCCGCCGGAAUAAUGAGACUGUUGCCCGCGCAUCUCUGACAAAGUCGCGCGCCUGGUCCGAAGCCCACACCGCCCCCGUCCCCGAACGAGACCUCCAGCGCAAGAUGCUGGAUAAGGACAUAAUACCCGACGACAUGAACGAAGGCUACGCCCGCCGCCGCUCGCGAUGGCGGAAUCCGUGGUCCAUCUCCACCUUGACCUUCGCCGUCACCGCCGCCGCCUUCGUCGUCCUCUUCGGCAUUGUCCAGUCGUUUUUCACGCGCCAAUUGGACCCCAAGGGCUGCGAUAUGUCUCGCAUGUGGGCUGCCUUCGUCAAGUAUGAGGACUUUGACACCGAGCACACUCGCUUCGCCAGCAAAUACUCGUUGUACAUGUACAGGGAAGGAGGCAUCGACGAAGACACCAGGGUCAAAGGUGUGCCCGUCCUUUUCAUCCCCGGCAAUGCGGGCAGCUACAAGCAGGUCCGGUCCCUGGCGGCAGAGGCAGCCUACUACUACCACGACCACAUCCAGAACGACCCCGACGCCCUCGCGGACGGAAAAAGAGCAUUGGACUUCUUCUCGGUCGACUUCAACGAGGACAUCACGGCAUUCCAUGGACAGACCCUUCUGGAUCAGGCUGAGUACUUGAACGAUGCUGUGGCCUACAUUCUCUCGUUGUACCACAAUCCGGCGCGGUCGAUGCGGAGCUCUGACUUUCCGGACCCGAGUUCGGUUAUUAUCGUUGGACACUCCAUGGGCGGAAUCGUUGCACGGACGAUGCUCACAAUGCCGAACUAUCAGGCAAACUCCGUCAACACUAUUUUGACAUUAUCCGCUCCGCAUGCCAGGCCUCCGGUUUCGUUCGAUUCAGAUAUCGUUACCACCUACAAGACCAUCAAUGAUUACUGGCGCCAGGCAUACUCGCAGCGUUGGGCCAAUGACAACCCGCUGUGGCACGUCACACUCAUUUCCAUUGCCGGUGGAGGAUUGGACACUGUGGUCCCUUCAGACUACGCCAGCAUUUCUUCACUGGUCCCGGAGACGCAUGGAUUCACGGUGUUCACGGCGGCGAUUCCACAUGUGUGGACGGGAAUGGAUCACUUGGCGAUUACGUGGUGCGAUCAGUUCCGGAAGAGCGUCAUCCGCUCUCUGUAUGAUGUCGUUGAUGUUUCGCGCCCCACGCAGACGGUUCCGCGAGCAGAAAGAAUGCGCAGCUUUAAGAAGUUCUUUUUGACUGGGCUGGAGGACAUUGCCGAAAAAACUCUACCGCACAAGGAACCCAGGACGCUUUUGACGCUGGAGGACAACUCCAACUCGAUCAUUUCCCAGGGCGAGCGUUUGACUCUGCGAUCAUUCGGACAACAACGGAAGCCCAAGGCCUAUCUUCUUCCCGUCCCUCCCCAGGGUGCUCCGGAGGGGAGGAAAUUCACCCUCAUGACGGACCAGAAAAUCGACGCAACCGGCGACAACGGAAAGCUUGAGGUGCUAUUUUGCAGCGUUUUCCCGUUGCAGGCAGGACAGUCGGCUGCGAUAUUCUCCAUGGACAUGGAUCUUUCCGGAGACAGUUCUGGAUCUACUCGCUUGGCGUGCAAGAACGCUGCGAGCGACGUGAUAUCACUCCCCGCGUCGACGAAGGCCUCCCAGUUUCCUUUCGACAAAGCACAGCCUUUCUCGUACCUUCAAUACGACUUGGAAGAUCUUGCUGAUCACCAAUUCGUGGCUGUUGUGGACAAAGCGGUCGAACACACCAAUGGCUGGGUCUUGGCAGAAUUCACCGCGCGGUCACAGGCGCUCAUCCAGCCUAAGAUGGGACUUCGCAAGCUGUUGUCCAACGGACUCCAUGUGAAAUUGCCCGAAAAGCGACCAAUGGUCGUGGACAUUAAGGUCCCGGCCCUCCAUUCAAGCCUGUUAGCUUACAAGCUGAAGAUCGAUUCAAAUUCCAAGGGCUGUGGCCAUGACGGACAGCUUUUCGCCCCGCUGUUGCGGCAGUAUAUCCAGGAAGUUUACGAAUCGAAGUUUUACGUCAAUGCCAAGGAAGCCGACAUCAACCUGCACGGAGUUGCACCGUAUAUGCCUCCGCCGUUUAAGCGGGAGAAAUCCAUGAGCGAUCUCAACGGCCUCUCCCUCCAGCUUUGGACUGACCCCACGUGCGAGGCAUCGGUCAAGGUUGACUUGAGCGUCGACUUUUUCGGCAGCCUGGGUAAACUUUGGAUGCGGUACCGGACGGUUUUUGCAACCUUGCCUCUGGUGGCCGUAUCUUUGGUCCUGAGGAAGCAGUUCAAGGUCUACGACGAAACAGGCAUAUUCAUGAGUUUUGCGGAAAGCAUGAACCAAUGUCUUUGCUCGUCGAUUCCCGUGCUCUUCCUUGCUCUUACAUUCUGCGGCUUGUCUCUCGCAAGCGCCAGUCAGUCUUCGUCAUCCCAUGGUUCGCAUUGGUUCCUGUCCCGCAAUGGCAAUGCUACUGAAACCCCAUCAGACUUCACCAAGAACGACCUUUUGCUCGGCUCACAGGACACCUUUUUCUGGUUUCUUGUUCCCCUGUUCGGCCUGAUGUGCACCGGCGUCUGCGUUGCGAUCAAUUACGUUACUCUCAUCAUCCUUCAUGUCUUUGGAUUGAUUUACACUUGGGUGAGACCUGCGCUUCGGUGCGAUGAGGGAAGGCGGUCUCCUACGGCGUUUGCGGUCAGUUCGACAAAGCAGCGUGUAAUCACCACAGGCGUCCUGCUUUUGAUGGUUUCGACUGCCAUCCCAUACCACUUCGCCUACAUGGUUCUCUGCGUUGUUCACAUUGCAACGACGACGAGAUCCCUCAGGAUUGCGAGGGAGACACACUCCGAAGCCAACUACAACUUCUUUAAUUACUGCCAAACUAUCUUAGUGCUAAUGAUCUGGAUCCUACCAAUCAACAUCCCCGUCCUGGUCGUCUGGGUCCGCAACCUGGCCGUCCACUGGUUGACACCGUUCUCCUCGCACCACAACAUCCUCUCCAUCAUGCCUUUCAUCCUCUUGGUCGAGACUCUGAGUACCGGUCGAAUGGUGCCUAGAGUGACGAACAGGUUCCGCUACUUCACCAAUAUCCUCCUCUUUAGCCUCGCUGGCUAUGCCGCCAUCUACGGCGUCACCUACGCCUAUCUUCUCCACCACAUCGCCAACAUCCUCUGCGCCUGGCUAGUGGUUAUUCAUCUCUCCUCGACAUCCCUCAUCACCGUCUCGCGUAAUCUGAGCCACCGAUUCGAUACCCGGCCUAGGGAGGUGGGAGCGGGCGGAGGCUUUCUCAAGAAGAGACCCUAA